GUUAUGUAUUUAUUGUAGGUAAAUGGAUAAUCAAUCAUGGAGAUAAAGUUAAGCGCAAUACAAAAUUAAAGAGUACCUACAAAAUUAAAAUACUAACUCUUUGGUUAUUGACGGGAAUCAACGGGAAUCAUCAAUUAAACUAGCAUUAAAAAUGGUCGACCACAAGAAAAAGGCAUUAUUUAUUUGUCUCGGUAAUAUAUGUCGGUCACCAAUUGCUGAGGCUGUUUUCCAGAAAACCGUAAAUGACAUGAAUCUGGGUGAACAUUGGGAUAUCGAUAGUGCAGCUAUCGGGGGCUGGCAUGUCGGUAAUCCUCCCGAUUGGAGAGCACUAGAUACUUUGAAGAAGCAUAACGUUCCAUACAACAACCAUGCAAGACAAAUAACUUCUGAAGACUUCGAUUAUUAUGAUUAUAUCUUUGGUAUGGAUGAAUCCAAUAUGAAAGAUUUGAACAAAAAAGCUCCUAAAGGGAGUAAAGCGAAACUACUGUUAUUUGGAGAUUUUGACCCUCAAGGCGAUCGAAUCAUAAGAGAUCCAUACUAUGAUAGUGAUUCCAAAGGCUUUGAAAAAUGUUACGAGCAGUCGGUUCGAUGCUCUAAAGGAUUUUUGGAGCAUAUUGCAAAUGAAAAAUGACAUCACCUUCUAAAAUGAAUUAAUUGAACCACAAAUUGAAAAAAAGGGAAUAAAUCCAAAAAAAACAAUAAUGG